UGUAGGACAAAAAUAGUUUUAAGAUUUGAAUACAUAAUUUUGUUAGCAAUUCUCUCUUAUUCAGUGUAAAAAACCUGCCCUCUUUUCCAACUUGUAUAUAUAUAAGCUGAGCUAACAAGAAAAGAGCAGGCUGACUCACACAGUCACCCACUCAUUGAAUUAUUUUUCUCAGUUCCUUCAUAAAUUAGCAGCCCACGUUGAAGAAUCUACUGUUAGAAUGAACGCAUCAACUUCUGAAUACAGUGGUGAAUGUGAAUCCGGAUGGACGGCGUACUUGGAUCAAAUUUCAAGUUCUUCUGAGGAAGAUCAAUGCAACAGAAACAUCCCUGUAACUGUUGCAGAUUCUCGUAGGAAAGGAGUUUAUGUGAAUCGGGAUGAAGAUGAUGAACAGGACGAGGAUUCAUCUAUGUUGUCUGAUGCUUCCUCCGGGCCUCCACAUUUCCAUAAUCAGGAUGAAGAUUAUUGCGAAGAAACGAGAUACAAUUCCAGCAUUUCAGCUUCAGGGCAAAAAAAACAGGGCAAGAACAGAGACAGGGCUUAUAAAGAUCGCAGGAGUAUUUCACAGAAUCAUGCUCAUCUAGAUGAUACUGCUAGCUCCCCUGUUCGGAGUAUUUCCAUGAACAAUGCAGUUCCAAGAAAACAUAAAUUGUUGAUGGAGAAAGAAGCAGGCUUCUCCCAAGGCCUUUCUGCAACAAAUUCCAAGGUACCUUCAUAUCUGGCUUUUAUAAAAUGUGCAAAUUUUUGGUUUGGGAUUCCAUUGUUUUUCUUCUUAUGUUUCAAAAUUGUCAUUUGCCUUUUCUUCAGGGGAAAUCUGGAUUGAAGAAGCAUCUUGGAUUUUUGAAGUCUUCCCACCAUCAAAAAAGCUGAUUUUUUUUUAAAAAAAGAAAAAUCCGAUGAUCAAAUAAAGCUCUGAAAUUUGAGAUCCCUAUUCCAAUGUGUGUGUAUGUGCAAACAAACAGGAAGCUUCAUUACAAUUUUUACAGGGGAAGAACAAAAGGAAGAGGGAAACAAGAGAGAAGAAUGAUCAAAAAGUGUGUGCUCUGUUUUAUGCAACAACAAUUAGGUAGAAAGCGUCAGCACAUGUGUAAACUGUAAAGAAGGAAGAGACACAGGAUAUCUGAAGAAGAUCUUGUAAUUUUUAAUUUUUUUUAAUUUUUUUUUUUUUCACUUUGUUUGCUUAAUUUACUAUUACUUCUUUAUGUUAUUUUUCUUCUGUCCAUGAAGUGGGAAACAACCUAAGAACGCAAAUGUCAAUACACAGUUCCUCCUUUUUUAAUAGUAUAAAAUAU